AAUUCACACCGUCGUUAACGUUCAACAUCCAUGAGUACUCCAAAUCUCUUCUUCGCCGUCGUUGUGGCGCUUUCAGCUCUUUUGAGCAUAAAAUAUUGCAGAUUCGGGCCCAAAGACACCUUCUUGAAGCUUCAGCAGCAAUCCCACUUUCCUGCUUCAUUUCGAGCUGACGAAGCAGAGUCUUCACUUGAACGCCUUUCGCUUCAACAUUUAACGAAACUCAAUGCCACAGCGGCAGAUAUUACGGCCGUGAUUCUCAACUGGACACGACUUUCCAAUGUCGUUCGAAUCGUCUCAUUGCUUUGUGAUCCUAUGUUAGAUGGUAUUUUGGCGACAAUCUUCAUCUGGAAUAAUAAUCCAGCAACGGUUCUCACGCAAGAGCAGUUAGGGUGUCAGCAUAAAUUGAGGUUGUUCAACUCGCCGACUAAUGCAUACUUUGGAGCACGGUUUGAGGCUUGUGUUGCAGCCUCAACGCCGUUUUGCUUUAUUCAGGACGACGAUUAUCUCGUUCUUCCUGAAAUUCUGUAUACUCUACGCUCUCGCAUCUCAGAAUUAUCUGUUUCCGGAAUUUUCCUACAACCUCCCAAUGAGAUGCUUUCCAGCACCUUGUCGCGAAUCACCUUAAACUCCAAGAUUCAUACGUCUUUCAGCUGGCUUGGGUACGGUUCGAUGAUCCGCCGCUCAGAGGCGAAGGAUUUUCUCAGUUUAAUGCGACUGCUCAACGUUACGGAUGACGAAUUUAAAAUGGCCGAUAAUUAUUUCUCUAUCCUCCGUAAUGUUUUCACCGAGAAUUGGUUCGAUCAAAAUAUUCCAUUAGGUGGCGGACUACCUUUUACAGUCGGGCAGGAGGGGCUCGAAAGAAAUAAUCGGCACAUCCUACGAGCUGCAGACCUCCUGGAGUCCGUACUGCUCUGUGAACAUCCCCCAUGUAUUUCUUUACCCGCACAGAUUCAGGACAUACCCUACGUUCAGUCCAGACCGACUUCUCCGUCCUCCUCAUCGAUGGCACCAUGUGUUGGUGCCGUUUGCUUACUAGAGACUUCAAUCAGCAUGUUACCCAACGAACCGAAGACUGAGGUACAGUCCACGCGCAACAUACUGGAGAUACAAGAGAAGAAUAUUCAAUCUAUCAAUGGAAAGGAACUCGAUCUCUACUUGAACCAUCCACCGUCCUAUGCUGUUGAUGGGAACCCAGAAACUGGAUUUUGUCGUGGCAGUGCUAAGUUCGUCCUUAGAGUCACUUCUUUCAGGGGACUCAGAAUUUGUUAGAAAGGGAGAGUAUAUCUCGUUAGAUUUUUUGGACGCAACGCCGAAGUGGAAGCAAACUGAGUUGGUGUUCUUGGUUGAUGUAGUCGCCGAGGCCCUCAUUCUCAACAGUUCUUUUCGACUUCUCGGAAAGGGAGAUCUUAAGCAACAAAGGAUUGAUACUCGAUCUGUAUGCCAUGGACUUGGUCGAGAGGGUGGUUUGAAGGAAUGCUACGUCAGCACUUCCAUUUCGCUCGCAGGUUAUUAUGCAUUCCAAAUUCAGUUCGAAGAGGACGCGGCGGGUCUGUGGUGCAUAUACGAGAUGUGGAUGCGAGGUCGCUGAGCGCGUGACUACGAUUUUUUUUUGGCUAUUGCUGUUGUCGAAUAGAGCCUUUCCAUUGCUUCUGAUGACCGCAG